AUGGGUGGUGAGGUCGCUGGUUCAAACAUCGAUGGAUUUGUGUCAAAUCUUGAAAACAAGAGAAUUGAUCUCUUUGAUCGUGGCACCAAAGGAUGUGGGGAAGAUAAUGUCUUGCUAGCACCGUAUGAAGUUACCGUGGAUGGCUGCUAUUUGCUGGUGCAAACUGUUCAAGACACCAUCAAUGUUGGAACAGAAACUGCAGCAGCACUCAAGGAUCAGAUGGAGUUAGCAUUGAUGGCUGCAAGUAACACUAUAGUCCCCUUAGUGCUUGCCAAUUUGAUGGCUUUAAUCUUGCUGGAUGAUAUAUCAAUGAUUUUAUAUGGCUAUAUGUCUGCAGCCAUGACAAAUCAACAGCUAGUAGGUAGUGGAAACUGGAUGAUGGAUGAGACUGAUCAAGCCAUCGAGAGAAAAAUAAUUUUUGUAUCUCGUUGUUUGUUGUGGACUGUUCAAGACACUGUCAAUUUUGGAACAGAGACUGCGGCAGCACUCAAGGCACAGACUGAACAAAUGGGUCAGGUUGUUAAUGAGCUGGACUCUAUCCAUUUCUCGAUCAAGAAAGCUUCUCAACUUGUGAAGGAACUUGGUAGGCAGGUUGCAACUGAUAAAUGUAUUAUGGCUUUACUCUUCCUUAUUGUCAUUGGAGUCAUAGCCAUCAUUAUUGUUAAGCUCGUGAACCCAAACAACAAGGACAUCAGGGAUAUUCCAGGAUUAGCCCCACCAGCAAUGACUCGGAAAUUACUUUGGAGUGCUAGUUAAAAAUUUAGAAAAGGAUCAUGUAAUGAGAUUGUGAUGAUGAUUUGUCAUCUUAUUGGAUGGAAUAGCUUAGCUUGUGAUGCUGCUGGUGGCACCUUCUUUACAGAGCUGGUCUACUUGAGUAUGGAUUUCUUUCUAGUGACUUUUCUGCAGAGUGGUCAAACUUUCCCAAACGAUAGUCUGUCAAACAACUGCUGGGAUUCAUUUGCUUCAAUUGGAAGUGGUCUGUAUGAUAUUUCUUCCCCGACUGAAAAAUCAUUCCUAUUUGAGGGAAACUAAAAAAUGUGUAGAUUGUGUUGGUUCACACCAUGUAUUUGCUACACUUAUAAGAUAUUUGAUCUGCAU